AUGCUGCUCCUCAGCUUGCUAUUGCUGCUGCUGACCUUGCUGGCUGCCACCCGCCUGUUGUGGUACCGGUGGAAGCUCAGGGGCCUCCACCUCCCACCUCUUGCCCCGGGUUUCCUGCACCUGCUGCAGCCCAACCUCCCCAUCCAUCUGCUUGAUCUGGCUCGGACCCUAGGACCCAUCUACAGGCUCCGCCUUGGGCUGCAAGAUGUGGUGGUGCUGAAUGAUAAGAGGACCAUUGAGGAAGCCAUGAUCAAAAAGUGGACAGACUUCGCCGGCAGACCCCAGGCACCUAGCUACAAGCUGGUAUCUGAGCACUACCCAGACCUGUCACUGGGGGACUACUCCCUGCGCUGGAAGGCCCAUAAGAAACUCACGCGCUCGGCCCUGCUGCUGGGCAUCCACGAAUCCAUGGAGGCCCUGGUGGACAGCCUGACCCAGGAGUUCUGCCAGCGCCUGAGAGCACUGGCUGGCGCCCCUGUGGUCAUCCUGGAGGAAUUCUCUGUCCUCACCUGCAGCAUCAUCUGCUCCCUCACCUUCGGAGACAAGGUCACGGCAGACAAUUUGGUGCACCCCAUUCACAACAGCGUGCAGGACUUGCUGAAGGCCUGGGGCCACUGGUCGGUGCAAAUUUUGGACGUGGUUCCCUUUCUCAGGUUUUUCCCCAACCCAGGUGUGUGCAGGCUGAAGCGGGCCGUUGAGAACAGGGAUCAGCUCGUAGCACAGCAGCUGAAGUUCCACAAGGAGAGCCUGGUGGCUGGCCAGUACAGAGACGUGGUGGACUACAUGCUGCAGGGACUGGGCCAGGGCCCUGGACAGCUCCUGGAAGGGCACGUACACAUGGCCGCCGUGGACCUGUUUGUCGGCGGCACCGAGACCACAGCGAUCACCCUCUCGUGGGCUGUAGCAUUCUUGCUUCACCACCCCGAGAUUCAACGGCGACUACAGGAGGAGCUAGACCUCGAACUGGGUCCAGAAGCCGCAAGCUCCAGGGUGCCCUACAAGGACCGCACGCGGCUGCCCUUGCUUCAUGCCACUGUCACUGAGGUGCUGCGCCUGAGGCCCGUGGUGCCCUUGGCCCUGCCCCAUCGUGCAACACGGCCCAGCAGCAUCUCUGGCUAUGACAUCCCUGAGGGGACAGUUGUCAUCCCCAACCUUCAAGGCGCCAACCUUGAUGAGACUGUGUGGGAGCAGCCGCAUGAGUUCCUGCCGGAUCGCUUCCUGCAGCCAGGCAAGAGUCCCCGGACACUGGCUUUCGGUUGUGGAGCGCGCAUUUGCGUGGGCGAACCGCUGGCGCGCCUGGAGCUGGUGGUGGUGCUGGCGCGGCUGCUGCAGACCUUCACGCUGCUGCCGCCGCCCACCGGCGCCCUGCCCUCUCUGCAUCCCCUGCCCCUCUGUGGCAUCAACCUCCUCAUGCAGCCCUUCCAGGUGCGGCUGCAGCCCCGUGGGCCGUCCCCCGGGACAGGGUAG